AUGUUGGCUGUUCCAUCUCUGCUGCUGACAACUCUGGAGGAGAUGAACCCACAUGAGCUGAAGACAUUUCAGUGGUCCCUGACUAGUGGCCUGCUGCCUGACUGUCCUCCCAUCCCAGAGAGUCAGCUGGAGAACGCUGACAGACAGGUCACAGUGGAUCAUAUGGUGAAGACAUACGGCCCUGAGAGAGCUGUGGAGAUCACACUGAGGAUCCUGAGGGGGAUGAAGCGGGUAGACCUAGCAGAGAAGUUAGAGACAGAUCACAGAGGAGGUACUGCCUCAACCUCUCACCUGCCCUUAUUCACACCGAGGCCCCGAUCCGUCCUCUCCCCUGUGGGGUUACCCCCCAUUUCCCCCCUUCUCUCCUUCGGUGGCUCGUCUAUGAACUCCUUGUUGUUAACUUCUGCUGGUAUCUCAGGACAGCUCAGGUCACAGGAGGAAGCUGCCUCUGAGAUGGAAAGGAAGCCAGCAUGGGAGGAGAGUGGAGAACUCCCCAGCACCUCUUCUGGAAUGCCCCGAACUAUCUUUUCCCAGUGUGGUUACCCUCCAGGUCCUCCUCCUCCUUCCUUUCUGUCUCAUCUAGGAAGUUUUUCUGGUAGCUCAGGACAGCUCAGGUCACAGAGAAUGUUGGCUGUUCCAGCUCUGCUGCUGACAACUCUGGAGGAGAUGAACCCACAUGAGCUGAAGACAUUUCAGUCUUUCCUGACUAGUGGCCUGCUGCCUGACUGUCCUCCCAUCCCAGAGAGUCAGCUGGAGAACGCUGACAGACAGGUCACAGUGGAUCAGAUGGUGAAGACAUACGGCCCUGAGAGAGCUGUGGAGAUCACACUGAGGAUCCUGAGGGGGAUGGGGGUAGACCCUAGCGAAGUUAGAGACAGAUCACAGAGGAGGUAA